UUCUGCUUCGAGGGGAGGGUGUUGGUCCCGGUGUUGGUCGGCCCUGUCCUAACAAGAUCCUGUCAAGACAUCCAUGUCUUACAGACUGGGGUAAAGGCACACAAGCCAGUCAGCAAGAAUUCAAUCAGCUUUACAGGAUGCAUACAUGACAUCAUAAUCUUAAAAUGGAUUCCAAGCUCAACGAAGUUGUUAUUGUGUCAGCUCUGCGAACUCCAAUUGGAUCAUUCCUCGGCGCGCUGUCCUCCAUUAAGAGUCAUGAGCUGGGCAGCAUAGUGAUCCGUGAGGUGCUCUCUCGAGCGGGCGUCGACCCGGCCGAUGUCAGCGAAGUGGUGCUCGGCCAGGUGAUGGUGGCAGGCCAGGGUCAGAACCCGGCGCGACAGGCAGCCGUCGGCGCUGGGCUGCCUAUUCACGUGCCGGCCAGCAUCGUCAACAUGGUCUGCGGCUCCGGCCUCAAGGCCAUCUGCAAUGCGGCGCAGGCGAUCCGGUGCGGCGAGGCGCGGGUGGUGGUGGCCGGCGGCCAGGAGUCCAUGUCGCAGACCCCGCACCUUCUGCAGAUGCGCUCUGGCGUCAAGUACGGCCACGGCGAGCUGCGAGACAGCAUGCUGACCGACGGCCUCAUGGACGCCUUCAGCGACAUCCACAUGGGCGUCACUGCGGAGAACGUGGCGCGCCAGUUCGCCAUCACGCGGCAGGAGCAGGACGAGUUCGCCUGCCGCUCGCAGAACUUGGCCGAGGCGGCGCAGGCGGCGGACCUGUUCGCCGCCGAGCUGGUGCCCGUGCCCGUGACCUCCCGCAAGGGCACCGUUGACGUCACGCGGGACGAGUUCCCGCGGCCCGGCACCACCGUCGAGGCGCUGGCCAAGCUGAAGCCGGCCUUCAUCAAGGACGGCACGGGCACGGUGACGGCCGGCAAUGCCUCGGGCCUGAACGACGGUGCCGCCGCUGUCCUGCUCAUGGCCGCUGAUGAGGCGGCCCGGCGACAGGUGGUGCCACUGGCGCGCGUCGUCUCCUCCGCCUCGUGCGGCGUCGAGCCGGAAAUCAUGGGCACCGGGCCCAUCCCCGCCACCAGACUGGCCCUGGAGCGGGCCGGCUGGACCAUGGACGACGUGGACUUGUUCGAGCUGAACGAGGCGUUCGCGGCGCAGGCCAUCUCCGUGCAGCGCACGCUGGGCGCGCCGCUCGACAAGGUCAACGUCCACGGCGGCAGCAUCGCACUCGGCCACCCGCUCGGCGGCUCCGGCGCACGCAUCCUGGUGACGCUCCUGCACGCGCUCAAGUCCCGCGGCCUCAGGAAGGGCGUGGCCGCGCUCUGCAUCGGCGGCGGCAUGGGCAUCGCCAUGUGCGUGGAGCUGGUGUGACGUCACAGUCCGACCAGUCCAUGUUCGGACCGGAGGGGAGGAUGCCGAUGCGGUCCGGGCGUUGUGGAAUAGGCCAGUCUUCGAGGGUCCGCCGCCAGCCCUGCGAUCAAAACGACACGGGAUAUCGAUGCGUAAUACUCAGUGCCUUCGCUGGUCGAACUCGAUGGCAGUUGUGGCUGCAGUUAGCUUUUCGAUCAAAAGUUUUGUAUAUGUUUUAGAUAUGUUGGGGUGACCAAUGGUAAGAACGAUACGCUAGGGACCGUUUGCGCGAGCGAGCUGUUUCGAAAUACACGAAGCCGCGCGCCAAGGCCCGCGCCGUUGUUAAGAGCUCGCUUCCAGGUGACGACGCUGUUCUUGCCUCGACCAGUACCUCGUCCUAGGCCAGUUUGUAAUGAAUGUAGUAGAGUGGUGGUGGUGCUACGAGAUGCAAGAUACACUCAGUUUUGGGCUUGUUUAGUCCGAAGCACGUUAAGGUUUUUACCAAAGCUAAGUGUUUCUGGUGACGGACUGCGAUGUUGUUGAACAAAAGUUGUUAUCCCUUGUUAUGUACAUGUAUUGCUUAACUUUAUUGCACUGACGUAAAGUGAGGUCCAGGCUACGCCUUAUUUUCGGCUAUUAUUUAUUUGAUCGACUUAUUUUGGUUUCCAUCGUUUGGCUAGGGUAAUGAUCUCGGUCAUAAUGAAUUAUGUGCCCCGCUCCUUUUGGGUGUGGGGACUGCGCGAAAUGCAGACGCUUGUUGGUAUUAACGUGACCGCUUCAUCAAGAGAUAUGACGACAAUAUAUACUUUAGCACUGACUACG